AUGGAGGUGUGCUCGCUCGUGGCCGAGUUCAUGAAGGAGAACGAGGAGAUCUGCCGGCGCGUGUACGAGCGCAUGAAGUUCGUGAACGAGGAGCUGUACAAGAUCACGGACGAGACGGCGCUGCGCCAGAACCGCGUGCUGUUCAUGUACGGCCGCACCAUCUCGGACUUCCUCAAGUUCCUCAAGCGCCAGUCGCAGAAGAGCCUCAUCAAGCGCCUGGCCAGCAACCGCAAGGUGGUCGCGGCCGUGCAGGACUUCCACAGCGACCUGGACGAGCUCUUCAAGCUGCUCAACAUCGCGCACAUGGUCGAGAUGGCCAAGUGGAAGAAGGACUGGGAGGAGGACCAGAAGCGCAUCCGCCGUCAGAUGGCCGAGAUCCUCUCGAACGGCCAGACCAUCCACGCCGAGAUCCAGAGCUCGGGCUCGGCGCUGCAGGAGGGGCUGGCCAUGAUCAAGUUCGAGCUCGAGCACAAGAAGGAGCAGAACGACCCGGAGCAGCUGCAGCUCAUGCACAAGGCCUUCAAGAAGGUCGUGAGCACGUCCAAGGCCAAGGUGCCCGUCGUGCCCGAGUGGUUCAUCUCAAGUGACGACGUCGAGUUCGACUCCAAGGAGGCCUUCGACUGCGGCUCGUACGGCUCCGUGCACCGCGGCAUCUGGGGCAAGGGCGCCAAGGUCGUCAUCAAGUGCCUGCUCAUGGACGACGACCAGGCCAUGAAGUCCUUUUUCAAGGAGGUCGAGGUCUGGCACAAGCUCAGCAACCCGCACAUCGUCAAGCUCUUCGGCGCGUGCCACGUGAGCACCCCCGCGUUCUUCGUGUGCGAGGACGCCAUUCACGGCAACUUUGCCGACUACUUCAUGAAGGACAAGAGCGAGAUCUGGCGGCUCUUCCACGAGGCCGCGGUCGGCCUGGCUUACCUCCACGACCAGAAGGUGGUGCACGGAGACCUCAAGUGCAACAACAUCCUCAUUGGCGCGGAUGACAAGGCCAAGAUCUGCGACUUUGGCUUCUCGUACAUCCGAAGUCAGUCCGUGGGGCUCAGCGCCAAGGCGCAGACGGACACGGUGCGCUGGAAGGCACCCGAGUGCCUGAUGCCCAUGGGGGACCCGGACGCGAUGGAUGCGGCGCACAAUCCGCGGUUCGCCUCGGAUGUUUACUCCUUGGGUAUGUGCAUUAUUGAAGCGCUCGGGGACGAGCCGCCCUACGCUCUGGACGACGAUGAUACUAUUUUGGAGAAGCUGUUCUCUGGAGAGGGGUACCCCCGCCCCGAAGGCCUGAAGGACGACGAGUGGGCGCUGGUGCAGAAGAUGACGGACCCGGACUGGGAGCAGCGAAUCGGACUCUCCACUGCCAUCGAUAUGCUCGAGAGAUUCGCGGAGCGCGAGAAGGACGCCCACCAGGCAACGCAGGACUGUCCGAAGUGCUCCAUGAGCGUUCCCGCGGGGUUCAAGUUCUGUGGCAAAUGCGGCUCGCCGCUGGGAGCUGCACAGGAAAAUAUUGCGGCGUCGGCGUGA